AUGGCCCUUACAAAAGAGCAGCUUAAAGACAUAGAGACCAGUUUGGUUGAUUUAGCGUCAAAGGAGGUAGGUCCCCUAUUGAAAGAGAAAGCCGGCACUCAAUUUGACGCCUUCGAUGACAAAGCAAACCAAGUUGACCUUGUGACAGCCGUCGACAAGAAGAUCGAGGCUAUUAUUAAAGAAUCUCUCAAUAAACUGUACCCAGACUUCAAGUUUGUAGGGGAGGAAACGUACCAGCCGGGAACUACCGAAAUCGGCAAGGAACCAACCUUCAUUGUGGAUCCUAUUGACGGCACUACCAACUUUAUCCAUGGCUAUCCUUAUAGCUGUACCUCACUCGGGCUGGUUGAAAACGGAGUCCCUGUAGUUGGCGUUGUUUACAACCCUCACUUGAACAUGAUGUUCCAUGCUUCUAAGGACAACGGCGCAAGAUUAAACGGUGAGCCCAUCAAGGUUCCUGAGAGAGAUUUGACCCUUCAACAAUCUAUCAUUGCUUUAGAGGCCGGCUCUGAGCGUUCCUCCGGCUCCUCAGGGGAUGACAACUUCGACAUUAAACAAGCCACAUACAAGAACCUACUGAGCGACAAAGGUGGGUAUAUUCAUGGAAGCAGGAGUUGCGGUAGCGCAGCCAUGAACAUGUGUUUAGUCGCUACCGGUAAGUUGGACGCCUAUUGGGAAGGUGGAUGUUGGGCGUGGGAUGUAUGCGCAGGCUGGUGUAUUGUUACAGAGUGCGGCGGCAUGGUUGUCGGAGGAAAUCCAAACGCAUGGGAAGUCCCAGUCGACGAGAGAUGCUACUUAGCGGUUAGAGGUGGCUGCACAAAUCCUUCUCAAAAGACUUUUGUUGAAAACUUUUGGUCUCACGUUGCCGGAAAGCUAAAAUACCACUGGUAG